AAGAACCGUGCAGCACACAGCAAGUCGUCGAAUUUGCUUGUCGACUGAGGAUGUCACGUGACAUCUUCGCCUAAGGUAUUAGGAGGGUGGAAGAUCGGUUACACGUGCAGCAGUGGUGGCAGUUGUACGUCGGCCGUGACGAGGAUACAAGUGUCUGUAUGAGAGCAAGACGGACAGAUCGAAAUGGCGGCUAUGAUGUACAAAAACGUGCCGUCGUAGUGAUGAAGUGUGCGAAAAUUGCUCCGAUCGUCGUUCUCUUCGAAAUUCUGCCGUGAGAUCCGUUCUCGUGGCACGGCCAAAUGACAUGGGAAUUUGCAGUAGAAGGCACUUUCUACUAACGAUAUGCAGCCUGCAAUUAAUUACUACUAUAGAACGGCAAGUUUUCGAUUCUCUGGGGUUUAUGUGGGCCCCGAUACUGGUCAACUUCUUCAACAUCAUCUUCGUAAUUUUAGGAUGUUUUGGGGCCUUUCAAUAUAGACCUAAAUAUAUCAUAGUAUAUUGUGUGUGGAAUACACUUUGGCUAGGAUGGAAUAUAUUUAUGAUAUGUUUUUACCUCAACGUAGGAAUAUUGGAUAAAGAUAGCGAUAUUCUCAAUCUUGGUACUGGUAGUUUUUCAUGGUGGUACGUAAACGGGCCAGGUUGCAAAGCCGUUUACAACGUGACAGAACCGGAGCUUUUUAGGCCGGCGCGUCCCACCAAUGUAACGGACUGCGUACUGGACUACGAAGUGAUCGAAAUUUUACAUGCCGCGACGCAAUGCGUGUUAGGUUUUAUGGCGAUCGUCGGUGGGAUCUGUCUCAGUAAAGUGUUCCUUGAGGAAGAUGACAGCUUUGACUUUGUUGGAGGUGAUGACUUUGGGUUGGCGGAACACACGGUGGUGCAUCCUAUGUACGUUAGCUACACGACUCUUCCCGCCUACUCUUACAAAAAUUCCCAAAACACUUAUCCGACCAGCACAGUUAGCCCACAUCAAUCCGUUUAUCGUGAGUCGAGUUUUUCAAAAAAAUGUGGGAGCGAGAAAUUGCUAGGAGGCGGUUCCGGUCUCAGGAACGACACGAUUCGUAGUAACAACAGCAGUCGCGUGUCUAAUCGCGAUUUUCCAAAUGUCGAUCAUUCGAUGGUCGAUUACAUGAGUCUGAACCACAUGCAGCGGCCCGUGUCACCCGUAUACGACGAAUACGAUUCGUUGGAUAGCAACGCCAAGCUGCGAUUUCAGAAAAACAAACUGUACUAUCCGCACUCGUCAAGGUACAGUCCGGUCGCGCGUGUUAAAUCGCGUUCAGCCGCGGCUACCAAGCAGACGAGAAACCCAGUCAAACCCCGUGUCUUUAUCGAUCACGUGCGCGAUCUACCUCUGAGAUCGUUCUAUUCCGAUCCGAAAUUGGCCAUUGAUCAGCAUCAGACGACAUCAGACGAGCACGAGAGAUCAUCGUCUCAAUCGAAACGAGACAGCCGACCUCUGUCCUUGUACGCGAUACGAACUAAGCGGAAGAAAAAGCAGCCGCGGCCUCUGUACAGCAUCGAAUAUUCGCAACCGGAACCACCGGCGCAGGACGACAGCGUGUCACCGAAGCCGAUGACGCCGCGACGAGUGAAACGACGCUCUGUAAUCUCCCGUGACGGCACUCGUCGUUCGAGCACGCGGCGCAGUUCGGUACGCCAGUCCCGUCGCAAAAACCCAGUAAAUCGCAUUAUGGACCAUCAGGAGAGCCUGUACGCCAAUACAACCGGCGCCGCCUGCAUUGGCAACCUGACGAACCAGAAUGUGAACUCGCUGUCGCAGAACACGCUCAAUUACGAUCGGAUCUCGGUCGGUUGGGAUCGUGACCGAAGCUCUUCAGCGACCGGAAGCAACAAUUGGCAACCGGAGGCGGUGAAUAUGGCGGUGUCGUCAUCGGUUCUAUGGCCGUCAAAUAGCCAACAAGAUUCCUCCAACAACUACUCGAACACGUCGUCCGUCUUUCCAGCUGGUCAGAGCCCACCUGUCGAUUGGGACCAGCACGCAACCAGCUCUACACGCAACCUCACCGACAACUGGCAAGCAUCCGGUGGUGAACUCAACCCGAUGCAGUGGCAAGGUCAAAGCAAUCCUACGUUUCAGCAAACUAGCACGCAGAGUCUGAACGGGGAGGACCUGGAAGAUCUUUACAGCAAUCGACCGGCUAGCGCCAGGUCUAGUUACAGCAAUUAUCACGGUAUCAGAGCGACACCGCAGGUGCCAAAUCGCACCGACGUGGUUCGCCAGAGUCAGCGACAGUUCGUACUAAGCGGACCGCCCGCUUAUCAGGAUACGGUGAUCUGACACAACUCUUCGGAAAUAUUAGAUAGAUGUCGUCUUGCCGAAGAUAAUGUCGAGACAACAAAUUGCGAGCGAUAGAACAGGCCUUAUAGAACUUUCUACUAUUUGUUAAUCAAACACAGUACGAACGAGAUAUAAUUAAUUGUAGAUAAAAUGAGUGAUAAUGUCAGUAGAAACGAUGUAGUCAAAACUGUACUAUUUUUGAUAGUGCUAAUCGCACUUGCGACGCAUUCGAUUCACAACAAGAAGCGAGUAUACAAACGAGGGUUUUUACACAGAAAAGCAAUUUUAACUUGCAUUAACUUUUUUUCUACCGUUGUUGAUGCGUUCUCAAGUUGUUGUAGCCUCAGAGGGAUAGUUGUAUUAUAACUUAUUGUUUCGACGAUUGUAAUAUCGUGUUCACACAGUGCUGACGUCUCAGAGAAUUAAUGGUAGAAAACGAAUCGAGUAUAUCAUGAUUUCUGAGCUGAUUUUAGAGCUUUACUUUCGACAUAGUUCAACAUGCAACAGAUCUCUACUGUGUUGCAUCGUUACAGUAAGAAAUGUAACGUUUAAGGGUUUUAAGGAGACAUACAGUCUGGUCUCUUUUGAUUGUUUUUUGUCUCGCAAUAUUAUUUUAAAACGUAAUCCAUUAGAAAUGUAUGCUUACGUCGUUACUUAAUCUGCCGACUUACAAGAAAACCUCGCCAAUCCGUAAAUUCUGAUUUUAAUAAAACUUUUUUUUCCAAUGUGUGUUUUUAUGUGUGUAUGUGUUAAACACAUAAAUUUAGGAAUUACUCUUGCAAUUAGUUUUGGUGUAGCACUAAAGAGAGAUUUCUAUAUUUAUUUUCUUUAUUUAUUUCUCUGUACACAAACACAUAUAACACAUGGUUAAAUAAAGUUCUUAUUACAAUCGGAAUUUAGUUAGUGUAAGCGUUAAUUGACGAUAAGUUCGAUGUGACAUAAGACUGUUUUUUUGAAAAUGAUGUAAGCUGACUGUCGGUAAAAUUAAAAUCGAUGCGCAGAUGUAAUAAUGUAUCAAUGAGACUUACGUCACUUUUAAAGUAGACAGCUCGUUUAUGAUUAUAAAGAAGGUUGCCUUUACUCUCAGGAUAGAUCUAUUGGAGUAGUGACAUAUCACAAACAAACAAAAAAUUAAUGUACUUAAAAUUUGUAGAAAGAAAACUUAAAUGUAGACGAGAGAAAAUUCUAUCAGCACUAGAAUUUUCUCUUUUUCACUUUUUGUCUUAUUGUCAAUAUUUUUGUAAACACUUUUUCUCUCUGCCAUCCUAUUUAUAUCGUAGAAUGAGAAGAUUCUUUGUCGUGUUAUCUUCUAUGCAUAAAAUCAAAACGUAUUAUAUCGCGUAUUGUAUAAAAAUAUACAUUUAUAAUAUCACCUGUAUUACUCUCUUACAAAUACUUUUUUGAUUUGAUUACAUUGUACAAAGAAGAUAAUCGAGUUUAUUUAUCGAUUUCUUCAAAGUGCAAUCUACAAUUUAUAUAUAUUUUUCCUACAUAUGACAAUUUGAGAUAAAAAAUAAUCUUUAUGUUUUUUGAGAUUUAUGAUAUUUUUGAGAAUUGAUAAUUUUUUUUUUUAAUAUUUUUACACCUAGUGUCUAUUUGUUAUAUUCAUAUUCAUUUACACGCACGUAAUGUACACGGUUAAAUAUAUACGUUAUAAAGAUAAAAUAUGAGAGAAAGAGAGACAGAGAGAGACAGAUAGUCUUCCAAUUGUUACAAAUUAAAUAUCACAAAUUUUAGAAGAUUAAAAUGCAAUUUGCGUUGUGUGUAAUCAUUAACAAAUGAUAACAUAUAGAACGGCAAUAAUCACGUAUUGUAUAAUAAUAAUCGCGUGCAAUACUAUUUCUGACAGAAGAUAAUGAAUGUCAUAUAAAUUCGAAUAUAAAUUUAUAAGAAGUUUGCGCAAGAUGUAUAGCCAUGAUAUGGAUUUUUUAUAAACAAAAAACUUACAUUGUUUUAUAUUAAUUUUUAAAUUAACUAGUUUUUGGAUAUGUAUUCUUUACUUCUUAUAUACAUAUACAAAAAACUUAUUACAUCUAUAAGUACGUCGAGACUUUUGGAGAAGAAGAAACAUAUAAACACACCAAAGUAUUAAAUAUCGAUAUAUACAUAUAUAAGAUAUAUCAACUGUAAAACUGCCUCAUAUCUUUUUGGAUUUUUAUUGUAUAAUCUAGUAGAAUUAGUUCUGUCACUCUUUGAAAAUACGUACUUAACUAGAUUCAUAGUUAAUCUUGAAUAUUUCUAGAAAGAAGAUAGAGAAAUGAAAGAAAGAUUUGGAGAGAGAAUCUUACAUAGUUUUAUAAUUAUAAUUAUCACAUAAUUUUUAAUCGGUUGCUAUUUAUAAAUAUAGUAAUAGCUUUAAACGUAAGACAAAAUUAUAUGCGAUCAAUAAAAUUUUAUAAUCAACGUGAAUUAAAACAUAUAAAAUUAUAUUGAUCGCAAAGUGAAUGCAGCGUAAUACAUCACACUUUAAUUUUUACUAAGAUAAUUUUAUUCACAUAUCACAUCUUAUGGUUUUAAAUAUGACAACAAUUUGUCGGUAAUUUUGUUAACGACGAAUCUUUGUCACAUUUGAAAUAAUUAAUUGUUCUAUUAAAUAUUAAUAAUUAAUUGUUUUAUUAAAUUUUAAAAGCGACUCACAAUUCACACAAUAUGACAAUUUUAAACUUAAUUCGAAAUUCACUGUUAUCCUGUCAUUAU